UUAUCAUGUCUGGACGCGGAAAAACCGGAGGCAAAGCUAGAGCAAAGGCAAAGACCCGCUCAUCUCGUGCCGGUCUGCAGUUCCCGGUCGGCCGUGUUCACAGGAUUCUCCGUAAAGGCAACUAUGCUCAGCGUGUCGGUGCCGGAGCUCCGGUGUACCUGGCGGCCGUGCUUGAGUAUUUGACCGCUGAGAUCCUGGAGCUGGCUGGAAACGCAGCCCGCGACAACAAGAAGACUAGGAUCAUCCCCCGUCACCUGCAGCUGGCUGUCCGCAACGACG